CGCAGUACAUUCAAACACUACUACGUUGUGCUUCUUCUUCAAACGCGGCAUAAAAGAGGUGCACUCCACAAGCACGAAAAGAAAAUAACUACUGCAAAAAUAUCGUCGAACGCACGAGUCAUAUUAAAUAAAGAAUUUACCUGUGAAAGUGAAAACGUGACAACACGAUAAAACGGACGAAGCAAGCAAAACAAAAAACGAGUGCAUAAAAACAACGAAGGAGGAUAAGAAAAAGAACAAGUGCAGCAAAUCAGAAAAAAGAGAACGGAACAAGAACACAGAAAAAAAGUAAAAAUAACCAACGAAGAAGGGCAAGGAAAACAAGAACAAAAACAUCAGAUAUUGACAGACUCGAAAACGCCGACAAUUGGGAUUUGAUUCACACACCGCUAUGCUUUUGCAGUACUCGUGCUAAAACGUUUACUAUAAUGAAUUCCGCGCGGCACCAUCGUAUUGGAGUAUUUCUGUCUCCAUAACUUGGCCACCGUUUACAUAAAAUUAAAACUUAAAUAUAAUAGUAAUAUUAUACUUAGCCCGACUACAAGCCCAAACAAGACCCGCAUAUCGGUUGCCACACCGCGGACAGCAAAGCACUGCAAGGUAAAAAGCCAUCUAGUCAAACAGAGACAACGAAGGAAAGCCGCCAACUGCCUGGAGGGCAGAACGGAUCCGAGUGGACGCAAACCCAAAUCAAAACUUGACAGAGGACCCGGAUCCAGAGACCGCAAACCUGGCUAAGAAGAUGCCAUACCAUCGAGGCGGAGAUGCCUCUUCCCAGGCCGACAAGCUGAGCGGCAUCGUGGAGGAGAGCGAUCUGUACGAAGGGUUCGCCCCGCAUGUCGAGACGUCCGAGAUCAAAACCCUCGACUUCUACAAUUUACCAAAGCAAACUGGCAAGGAACCGGCACUGCGCUCCUACACGGAAAUCCAGCAGCUGCUGCAGCAGGGCAAGAAGCGCGACGUGAAGAACAUACUCAGGGAGAACUCGUGGCCCAUUAACUCCCCGAUCCGAGCCCAGCUAUGGCCGAUGUUGUGUGGCCAGCACCAGACCAAACAGCAAAUGCUAGAUGGCUUCUACUGGGAGAUGGUUCACCAGGUCUUUGGCACCACGGAGCUGUCGGAGAAGCCGAUCAUGCUGCCCGCCUUUGUGGAUGCCACCCACUGUUUGCCCUACCACUUGACCAGCACGGGACGAGCCGUGGCCGAUCGCAUCGUGAAUGUCCUGGGCUACGACUGCCCCGAUAUUACCUACAGUCCAGUAUUGUAUCCCAUUACAUCGAUACUUUUGCAUUUCAUGUCGGAGGAGGAGGCGUACAUAUGUCUGGCCGGUCUGGUCGGUAGCAAGGAGAAGGUAUUCAUCAAUCAAACCAAACUACAGCACGAAGUCACUUGGAAGACGGUGAUGCAGAUAGCCAAAAAGCACACAAAAAGUGCUACUUCGUAUUUCCAACGUAUUUGCCCGGGCCUGAAGCUAGAACGCAUCUUCAUGGACUGGUGCUGGUGGAUUCUAGCCGGUCUACCCUUCCAGCAUCUGGUGCGGAUCAUGGACUGCUACUUCCACGAGGGCAUCAAGGUCCUGUACCGCGUGGCCCUCGUCAUACUCAACCUGUUUCACAAGGAGUGCCAGUCGAACAACGAAUGGAGUCCGGACAACAUUAAAAACGACAUUGGCAACGCUUUGAUCAAGUUCUGCAAGAAGAUACCAGUGUCGCCGGCGAAGUUGCUCCAUGCCGCGUUUAGUAUUAGGGGACUGAGUACCCAGUAUAUUUCUAGAAUAUUUAUCAAGACUGAAAUGCUACUAAAAAGCCGCUCCGUGCUCACCAGCGGUUCGAAGCAAUUAAUCAAAUCGCGUUCAAGUGAUAAUCUGCCCACUAGUCAGUCGCAGGUCAACAUCCAAAUGAUGUCCCACACCCUGACCAUCCGAGAGCUGUUCACGCUGUGGUCCUGGCUGCCCGUGCGGAUAACAAUGUACCAACCGGUGCUGCUCUACACCACGGAGGAGCACGGCUGCUCACUAACCACGUUCUACGUUCGGGUGGAGCAGCAUGAACCCACGCUGCUCAUGAUCAAGACGUGCAAUAAUGAGGUAUUUGGUGCCUACUGCUCUUCGCGCUGGUUUGAAAGAAAUGUAAAAGAUGACAAGGGCCAGCGACAGGCCUACUUCGGUACGGGCGAAACCUUUUUGUUCUCCCUAUAUCCAGAAAGAGCCAAGUACCCAUGGGUGGGCAUUGAGGGCGACAAGGACCUGGGACACAGCUCCGAACUAUUUAUGGCGGCCGACUCCAAGAUGAUCACUAUUGGUGGCGGCGAGGGGCAGGCCAUCUGGAUGGACGAGAACAUUCGUUUCGGAAAGACGGACAGCUGCAAGACCUUUAACAAUCCGCCGCUGUGUCCGUCGGGCGACUUCGAGAUUCGGGUGCUGGAAGUCUACGGAUUCGUGGGCAUCUAAAAACCUUCUUUCUUAGUCUGACCGAUAUUGCCCGCCGAUGAUCAAGUGCUCAGCAAAACUGCUCGACGUUCCCCCGCGUUUCCUUAACCAACUCAAACACCUACAGAUUGCUUUCCUUUCCGCCCAUUAUUGGCGUAUGCUGAUGGUACCAGGAUGAGAAAAUGUGUAAACAUUUAUGAAAGCUUAUUUAUAAAAAUGUAUCGAAAGUGGCCAAGCAGCAGUAAAUGCUGCCGUCGUCGUGUUAAUGUUAAAUGUUAAUGAAAAAAUGCAAAGCUAAAACAAAUUAUAUAUUAUAUAAUGGAAAUACUCUGUGAGUUCAUGUUUCAAAACGCAAAGCUUUGAAAUUACAAUACCCUAGUUGUUAUAACCCCUUUACAUACGUAUAUACAUGAUAUCUAUACAAACAAGUAUAUAUAAAAUGAAUUAUUAUAAUGUGUAUAUUUAUAUGUAAAACGUAUUUCUAUAGCCAUGUACCCGGAGCAAAGAAAAAAUUCCUUAAAAAUUUCAAGCAGAAUACCACACCGGAAAAUUUGGGCUGCAACAUCAUUUUUGUUUGUUAGCGUUAUUUCAUUUAAUUUAUGAAACUGUAUUUUUCUUUCUGUAAACCAAAUUUACUGACUUGACUGAAUUCGUUAUUAAUGUUAUUAAUAUUAUUAUUGCUACGUGUAUAGAAAGUGUAACUUGUAAAUUGCAUUGAAAACAACUGAAUGUUUCUGAAAGUUGUCCCAUUUGGUCGCAAAAUAUAGAGAUAAAGUAAAACCAAACCUCUUUCGAUUAGUACUGCUGCUGACGCCAAUGAUAUGCUCAGAUACUACACAUAUAAACUAUAACUAUUUAGCCCCCAAGUAAUGAAUAUAAGGCCAACGUCCUUAAGCAGCGGAAUUUGUAGUCGGUUCAAAGUCCAAAAUAAGUUGAAGGAACGAUUGGGCAGUGGAGAGCUGCCAUGUGCCACCAUGUGCAAUUGAUCUCAAAACGAAAAACGAAAAAGGAAAACAAAGAAAUGUAUUACAAGUUGAAGGCUUCAUAGGUAGACAUAAACAAAAACGGAGAACAAUCAAUAAUUAUUUUAAGAUUCCAUUCCAUUUUCAAUACCAACGAAAUUCUUUGCUCACCUCCACCUAAAAACUGCACGUACACAAAAUUUUUGCACACUUUUCUAGUCAAUUUUUAUGUUUUACAAAAAUAACAUGGUGUGUCUCCUCCCAUUUCCCUCUGGACGAACACUCAUCUGCCUUUGAGUGUCUGCAAAUUCCGAUGGCUUAUUGAUCGUUGCACUACUCAAACGAAUUGUUACAUUUAAAUAAAAGAACUACAACGAAUUGAGGGGAAGGGACAGGAGUGAUCACAGAUUGCAGAAUGUAAUGGGUAACACUCCACAACUAUUUCAUUGAGGAGCUGGUACUCCACAAUUCCCGAACCCAAAUCCCAUACCCUAAAAAUUAUAUUAUAACCAUCCAAUAUAACCCAGGUAACCUGCAAUCAGUGAAAGGUGCAGCAGUGAAAAGCAAACUAAAUAUGAAUAGGUUUUAAACAAACUCUGUGUGUUGUUGUUACUAUGAUUCAAUGUAUAUGUGUACGCACGCAGCAUUAUAUAAACGAACUACAUUAUAUACCCAACUACAAAACAAGUUGAACAAGUUGAUCCAUGCAAUGCAAAUCUGUUUGUUAUUUGUUUCUGACUGUGAAUCGUGUUGAAACAAUAAGUUUUACUAUAUUUGGUUGACUAAUGCUUACACGCUGAUGAUAUGAAUUGUUGAUAGACUUUAAGACGCGGAAAGAUGGACGACGAUUGUUUGUGGCAUUGACGCGGCAGUGGUCCUCGCUGGGAUCGUAGAGAUUCCGCCGGACAACGCCAGCAUGGACAGUAUUGGUGAAGCAAAAACAAACACAAUCUUUUGUACAUAAAUUGUUUUCUAUCUGAAUUGUUCUCAAUGUGUAGUUUAUAUACAAUAUCUUGAUAAAUAUCCAUAUAUUUAUAUUUGAAUGUUAUUUAUGUGUAGCCCAGAAGUGUUAUGAAUAUAAUCCGCAGCUAAACCCAUUAAGAUAAUAAGCAAAGAUGUUAUCUGUUUGCCUACAUAAAAUAAUUUAUGCUAUAAACUGGAAAUAAAUGUAAAACUAGAAUUGUUUGACGAUCAAGAAAUCAAUGGACUAGAUAUUGAAACAGAAAUUGUGUGUAUCGAUUUGAAAGUGUUAUUUUAAUUUAUUUUAUGAAUAUUUUGUAAUUAAUGAUCCUAAUUGCAAUACACACAUACACAUACUUACAUACACACGCUAGUAGAGUAGGAAACGAGUAAAUUUUAUUCAAUAAAUUAUAUUAAAUCAAACAAGUAUAAUUAUAUAAAUAUAUAUGUAUGUUAAAUCAUUUUAGUGGAUGUAUAAAAACAAUGGAAAGAAAAUCAAAUAAAAUAAAAAUU